AUUGGUAGAAGGGAUUUAAAAGACUCGUUAUUGACUGAAAUAGCCAAGAAAAGGAGGGACAUCCAGCUGCGGUUUGCAAAAUCCUCGUCCUCAGCCCCGUUUUUAUGAACAUUUCAGUUUGCUUUGUUCUCCUGGCCACCCAGGAGAGCCGGUGCAGGAUUAAAUAUCUACACUCCAUCAACGGUGAGCACUGGAGCGCCCCUUAAAUCUCUUCCCAGGGCAUUACAGCGGAGUAAACUUUCCCAAGUAAUUUCCUUAUCUGCGCGCUGAGGAAGCACUCCGAUAAACUCAGCACAAUUCAUGUUUCUCCAAGGAGUCUGAGCAGAAGAGAACGUGCCGGCACCACCUCAACGGUUUUCACAGCAACAUCAGGAAACUUGGGAGGUGAAACUCUGGCUUUGGACACAGGAUGGGGAACAAAAACACCAUUCCACCCAGGAGUCCUGAAGGUGGGAUUACUCAAAAAGAAGAUGCAUCGCUGAUCAACAGUGCUACAGAUGAAGCUCAGAGAACCAGUCCAGAGCUGCUGGCGGCCCUGCAGUCCCUGGGAGAAAACGAGGACUACACUCUGCUGCCUCACUCCCUGCACCAGAUUGCAGAGACGUAUUCCCUGAAGCAGGACUACCGUUGGGCAAUUCAGUUUCUACAGCUGGAGAAGCUCUACCAUGAACGAUUGCUCUCCAAUCUCGCAGCCCUGCAGGAGAAAUGGGAGAUCGAGUUUAAUGAAAAACGGGACUCUGCGAGUUGGAUGCCUCCUGAUGCAGACAGUAUCAGUCAGAAACAAAUUGAGAAGCUGAGCCACAUCUGCAGGACGCACCACAGACCGUCUCUCAGCCUGGAUCAGAGAACCCUGAAUGCAGCACUUACAGACACUCAGAUCAAGAGGGAGAUCCUACAGCCUUGUGACGAAGCCAAGAACUCUCAAACCACUCAUGGUGCUGAAGACAAAGAAAAGAGCAUGAUCUCUCAGUGCAAGUUGUCGUCGAUACUAAGGGAGGAAGAGGAAGAGCUGCAGGAUGACAGAGAAGAGGCGUUGGAGGAAGGGCAGGAAGUGGAAGCAGAGGGGCAGACGGUGCGCGGCGAGGACACACCAGAGGAAGAGGAGGUGAAGGUGGAGUGGCCCUCUGGAGUAACGCAGGCCUCGGAUAAAGACCUGGCUAAGCUGUCCAACACUGAAGGGAGCUCCUCCUCGGAUGGCCUGGUCUCCAUUCUUAAGAGGAGGCGAGCCUCACUAGAUGGACUUCCUCCUCAGAGUGACAGUGCAGAUAAGCAGAACUCUAGACGCAAAGUUCGCUUCAGCGAGCCAGAGGACGGCUUAGACCAAGAUGAGCUUGGAGGUGAUUCCUGUCUUAUCCUACUGCUGCUGUGUCUGAUCACUGUGGUGAUCAGCAUAGGUGGGACUGCGCUCUACUGCACUCUGGUGGAUACUUACUCCAACAUCUGCACCGACUUCACCCAGAACGUCGACUUCUACAUCACAAAUGCUCGGGGCUUCCUGGAAGGCCUCGGGCAGUGGCUCCCCCUACAGACUUAGACCCAAAUGGGUUUUCUUCCUGUAACAGAAGAGACUUCAGUGAAAAGGCAACAGGAGACGUGGUGGGACAUCCACGACCUGCUGCUGUUCCAGAGAGUUUCACUCUCACUGUUUACUAGACACAUGCACAAACAGUGCCUUGCAAAAGAAUCCAUAACCAUGAACUUUUAAAGUUUUUAGCACAUUAGAGCUUCUAACUUAGUUAAUUUUAGUGGAAUUUAAGGUGAUAGACCUGCACAAAAUUACAUAUUAUUGUAAAGUAACAGAUAAAAUAAGUAAAUUAAAAUGCUGGAAACAAAGAGCAGCAGUUCUUAGGUUAUAUGGGUUUGCAUUUCAGGAAACUAAUUUGGAUUUAGGUGAAAAUUUUGAUGAAGACCAUCUAGCAUGAGUGUCCACUGAUCUAAACUAAUAACUGUAGCUCUAGGUGUAGCUUUAUACUCACAUCCACAGGUUUCUUCCAUUAUUUCUCUCCAUCUGCUGCCUCCCAUCUCGCCAUCAAAUCCCUUUAGAGUGACGCUGCCAUGUUUAGUUUUAGGAGUUAAUGUCUUCAGCCUGAUAUGUGGUGUUCAUUUUCCACCACAUGUUUUUAGAUUCAAUCCAAUAGUUUUAAUUUUGUGAUACAUUUACUGUUUUCU